UAUACCAUCAAUUGCAACAUUAUCAACAAUACAAACACUAUCCCCAACUAAACAGACACAAUUUGUUUUGCCCACAAUAAGAUCUGUAAUGACUUCAAAAUUUAGUACAACAAAUAAUGUUUCACCAACAAUGACUACAACACGACAAACUAUGCCAUCAAUUGCAACAUUAUCCACAACACAAACAGUGUCCCCAACUACACAGACACAAUCUGUUCCGGCCACAAUUGGAUUAGCUACAACGUCAACCCAAAGUACAUCAGCCGAUGCUUCACCAACAGUUACUACAAAACAAGAAACUACAUCAUCAAUUGCAACAUUAUCAACAAUACAAACACUAUCCCCAACUACACAGACACAAUCUGUUCAGCCCACAAUAGGAUCCACAAUGACGUCAACCCAAAGUACAUCAGCCGAUACGUCUCCAACAGUUACUACAAAACAAGAAACGACACCAUCUAUAGCAACAUUAUCCACAACACAAACAGUGUCCCCUAUUACACAGACACAACCUGUUAUACCAACGAUAGGAUCAGCAACAACCCAAAGUUCAUCAUCCUAUAUUUUACCAAAAGUGAAUACAACACGACAGUCUACACCAUCUAUUACAGCAUUAUCCGCAACACAAACAAUGUCGCCAACUACACAGACACAAUCUGUUCAGCACACAAUAGGAUCCGCAAUGACGUCAACCCAAAGUACAUCAGCCGAUACUUCACCAACAGUUACUACAACACGACAAACUACAACAUCUAUUACAGCAUUAUCCACAACACUAACUGACACAUCAACAUUACAAAUUACACAUCCAACAGGCAACCCCUAUGCUUCACAACCACAAACAUUUGUCCCCAGCAAAGCACCAUACAGCACUGCAUCUUUAAACCCCACACCCCUACUAUCCUACUCAACAGCAGAAUCAGUUCAUUCACCUCAGACCAACAACACUACAUAUGUGGUAACAACCUUGACGACGACCUUUACGUCUGUAUCAACAAAUGAGACACCUCCCCAAAGUCCAGGUAUUAAUAUUGUUAACAAGACAGUAAGCAGUUCUAUGCUAACAAACACGUCAACUGCUCCUCCAGCAACUGUGCCAUUCAGCUUCAUGCCAUCACCUGGACUUGUGUCUCAAACUUCCGACUCCCAAAAACCUGUGACAACAGUGACAAAUGAUGCCACAGACUCCAUUUCUCUUCAGCCCUCGUCAUUUUCCUUGGAUGCAUCAACCCUAAAUCCUGCCGAUGACAACACAACACAGCAGCAAGUUGAUCAUAAUUCUGUUUCCUUAUCUAGGGGAAAUGCAAUGUUUUUCAAAUAUAGCCCCAACAUUGCUGCUGUAAGGCCCCUUGUAUUUGAUCACCUAACUGUGAUCUGGACCACAUUUCCAGUUUCAGAAGCCUUCAAUGCAGACUCUGAGGAACAACAUGAGCCAGAUCAGAACAACACAAGUGAAAUUCCCACAUUGCCACCAGAAGUCUGAAUUGAACUGAAGGCUUAAAAUCCUUAUUUUGAGUCUGACCAAUGAUAACCUAGACCUACCAACAGUGAGACACUACACGCUCAUGUUCAUUCAGGAAAAUGUCAACAAAGAUGGAUUGCCCUGAAACGCUUUCAAACUAUCACAUCCAACAAUAAAACAAAUUGAAACUUAAGUCACAUGUUCCAACCUGUGAUGUCACUGAUACAUGAUUCUCAUGCUGCAUGUUAGUUUUAUUAGCUGUCCUUUAAUUAUGUGUAGCCGACAGUUAGAGGCUAGCUGUGAAGUAGACAAUGUGCGGCCACAAAUAGAUUCAUCACUCAGCUUCCAUUGCUGUGGAUGGUGAUAACAAGCACUGUUAAAGUGAGCCAAGGUUCAUACAUGUUUGUGAUGGUUAGGCCAGUUACAUUGUUUUCAAAGAUAACACCUAUAUUUAGAAAUUAUAUUGUUGAAAAAAAAAUCUAACAAGUGUUUAAAAUUGAAAGAUUUAUUUUUCCUGGGUUCUAUUUCCAUUUAAUUUCCAGCUAAAUUAAGGUUGUCAAUCUUGCUUUUAUUUAUUGUGGUUUGAUAUUUUUGAUGCCCAUUGGGAUAUCUCAUCUUAUCUAAAAUUAGAGAUGAUUUGUUUCUUCUAUGUUGAAAUGAUAUCCAUAGUUCUUACCUAAGCAUAGAGGAGGUAAGCCUUUAGCUAUACUUUAAAAUAUUGAUUUAUUUAAUUAUUGUUUAUUGACUUUGUCUUUCAAAUUGUCUUGGAUAUCUUUUGUGAUCAAUUUGUGCUAUU